AACCCAUAUCCUGCCAUGAGUGCGCUAGCGCGCUAUUGUUAUAGUGCUUUGUAUACGCGUGCGCGCUAUACAUUGACUGCCACGUUCAUGCUAGCGAGCCACCGUUUGACUGCUUUGUGCACGCAAGGGCGCAUAUGUAAUAACAGUCAUUGUUCAUGCCCAUUGCACCGUGCUGAGUACUUUUGCUGCGCUAUUGAAAGUACCAUCGCGUGCCUUAGAUUAUCGGCUUUCGAUUACGCGUCUUCGUCUACAACAGUCAUAUUGGAUUUUCUCGAGUAAUUUAGCGAUUUGUUUUUGAUAUCAUAUAUCAUCAUCAUGCCUCCCCAUCGCAAGAAACGGGCUUGCUUCAUUGACCCGGAUCUGGUGCGAGAGAUGGUGAUGGCUGAUUCAGACUCAGAAGCCCCGCAAGAGACUGACAGUGACCAUGGUGACAGUGAUAGUGACUCUGAUUUUGACUCUGGUCCCACACGUAAGGUUCCGCGUACAGAAGCGCCUGGCGUAUCCGAUUUCGAAUUUGCACCCGAUGCAGCUGUUCCUGAGCCUGAGUUAGACCGUGACAUCGAUGAGGACUUCAUGCACGAUUCCGACAGUGAAGUUGAGGAUGAAGUAGAGCAUCAAGCUAACCAUAACCCUGAACCUGCACGCCAUGAAGUGGACGAUGACUGGAUCAGCAUGGGAGAGGAAGAGUGGGCACCCUCCUGGCAGAAUCCUUACAAUGAAGAGCCCAAACUUCUGUUCGACGCAAACCACUUCAAACCGGUUGAUUUUUUCUACCGGUUUUUCCCGGAGGAUUUGUUCACCAUGCUCGCUGAGCAGACAAACCUCUAUGCAAGACAGACGAUUCAGAGACUGGGUGUUCUCCAACAACAUUCCAGACUAAACAAGUGGACAGAAACAACAGCAGACGAGAUGAAGGUAUUCACCGCACUGCAGAUCUCCAUGGGGCUUGUCACCAAACCAGCGAUACAUAUGUAUUGGGAGGAGAACUGGCUGAUCGGAACACCGGGUUUCAGCAAAGUGAUGAGUCGUAACAGGUACCAGCUGAUCAACUCCCUCCUGCACUUCGUGGACAACGAAGAUAGAGUACCCAGAGGUCAACCAGGUCACAACGUCCUCUUCAAGGUCCAGCCCAUCAUCGACCGUGUGCGUCCAACGUACCAGGAGGCCUUUGCACCAGGUCGUGACCUCUCCGUCGACGAGAGCUUGGCUGCUUUCAAGGGAAGGCUCUCCUUCAAGCAGUACCUUCCAAUGAAGCCGACAAAGUGGGGCAUCAAGUUCUGGGUGGUAACAGAUUCAUCAUGUGGUUUCUGUCUUGAUUGGAGCGUGUACACCGGCAAGAACGACCAGCAGGACCGAGGAGGAGAUGGACUGUCAACACGUGUGGUCAAAGACCUGACUCGGCGAUAUGCAGGUUCCGGACGGCACGUCUACAUGGACAACUUUUAUAGUUCACCGGAGCUAUACGAGUUUCUUCAUAACGAGAAUCUGGGUGCAUGCGGUACAGUCCGGUUGAGCAGGAGAGGAAUUCCACCCAUCAUGCGAGAGGCGUCCCAGCAAGCGCGGAAGGGUGAGCCACCAAAGUUCUUCCGGAAAGGUGACCUGAUGGGUGUCACGUGGCACGACACCAAGAGAGUGAGCGUCCUGUCAACGAUCCAUGGCACCGGCUGCACCCACAAGGAGAUUCGUGACAAGCAGUCAGAGACUGGUCGGAGGCAGGUGCAAAAGCCCAUAGCGGUGGAAGGCUACAACAAGGCCAUGGGGGGAGUCGAUCUGCUGGACCAAAGGAUGGCCUACUACAAGUACCCCACAAGCACUUGAAGUGGUACAUGGUGGUGUACCACUUCAUGGUGGAAGUCGCUCUGGUCAAUGCUUUCUUAGCGUAUCGAAUCGCCACGAAGGACAUGAAGAGAAGUACCCGCAGUUUCCGUUUGAGCGUCAUCAACAGCCUGCUGGACAGUUACGCAAAGAC